UAUACAUCAUUCUGUUGCCGUUCUUCGUGGUCGUCGCGCGUAUUUUCAUACGCCGUUGUCCGUUGAAUUUUGUAUAAAAACAUUUUUUUGUUGUUUAAUCGGCGUCACCCCUACUAAAAAAAAAACUUUACAAAAAAAGUAAAAAACAAAAAUUCAAAUACAAAAAAACAUCAAACAAAUUUUAACAACGCUUUUUUUAACCAGAAAAAAAAGCAGGAAAUUUAUUAAAGUUUAAACUAAAACAAAGAUAAAAAAUUAAAGAAAUUUAGAAAAAAAGGACUUUUUCAUAUAAUUGACUUAAUUAUAAAUGUAAAUUUGUGUUGAGAAUUUAAACAAAAAAAAAAAUACAAUAAAAAACAACAAGAAGAAGAAAACAGCAGCAAAAUAUUAUAAUAUAAAUUUUAUAACUUCAUCACGAAAAAUCUCAUCAUCAUAUAGCAAACAAAAUAGAGAAGAGAAAGAAUGUUUAACGAAGAGAGUAUUCUUUUCCGGAUUUUCUAUUAAAAUACAACAAAAACAAACACUCAAUUAAAAUAAAUAAAAGAACAAUUUCAUUUCGAAGCGAUUUUUACAAAACAAAGCGAAAAUAAAUUCAUACAAGAUUUUUAAAACGUGUCCAACAAAAUGGCCACAUCUCCCACACCAUCAUUAGACUCCAUACGUGGUACAAAUUCCAUUGAAUCCUAUAUUGAACAUAAUGGUUAUCUAUCCGAUUCACCACUCACAUUAAGCGGUUCCUCGCCACCGGUCAGUGACUCAGCCAUUUGUGAUGAUUUCUCAAAUGUCGUAGGACAAACAGUUGUGGGACAACAUCCUAUAUCAGCGUCAGUAUCAUCAUCCGCUUCGAGUACAUCAUCAGCAUCGUCCUCUUCGUCAUCGUCCUCAUCAUCGAGUUCGGGUUUAAGUGGUUGUGGCAGUACAUCUAGCAGCGCCUCAAGUACAUCAUCCAAUACGGGUGGUGGCGGCGGCGGCGGUGGAGGAGGUGGUGGAGGUCCUGGUGUAAUAGGCAGUGGUAAAGGUAGUCCCUGUAAUAAUCUCUUGGGUACAUCGGCAAAUGGCAAUGUUAUAAAUGUAACUACGGCAAAUGGCACAAGUGCUGCACCACGUUGUACAGCCUGUAAAAGUAAACAAUCCGAUGCUGUGGCCAAAUGCUUUAAUUGUGUAAGUUUUUUGUGCGGUAAUUGUUGUACAGCUCAUGAAUUUAUGCAUUGCUUCAAUGGACACAAUGUUUGUUUGAUUAAGGGUUUUGAAAGUGGAACCACAACACACCCCGGCAGUAAUUCACAAUUGAGCAGUAAUCCUAUGGAUUUUAAAUUCUCCAGUUCUUUGACCAUGAUGUUGCAGCAACAACAGCAACAACAUCAGCAACAGCAGCAACAACAGCAGCAACAACAACAGCAUCAACAGCAGUCACAGCAACAAUUACAAAAGGCUCCCACACAACAGCCUCUAUCGCAGCUGUCAAAGAUUGUCUUGAGUUCAGCCGCCGCAGCCGCUGCUGCAGCAGCUGCCGCUUCUUCUUUCAGCAAUGAUUUGAAUUCCAACGAUUCCUCGAUUAUGGGUCAGGAAGAUAUCUUCUCCAGUAUGUUGCCCUCUAGCAUGCGUUCAUCCCAACAAUUGUUACCAGCUUCAAUGAGCCAACAACAAAUGCAACCCCCACAACAGCCCUUGUAUUGUCAGCGCCAUAAGAACGAGUACUUAAAGUUCAGCUGUCGUACUUGCUGUACUUUGGUGUGCAAGGAAUGUGUUAUCUUAGAACACUCCUCGGGCAUGCAUGAAGUUGAACAUGUACAGGAAAAUGGCUUGGGUUCAUUAAAUCAAUUAGCCGGCCAGUCUACACCCGAGACAGUAUUACAAACUGUUUUAGCUGAUUUGCGUGGUAAAGUAGGCGAUAUUGUCUCUAUGGUAGGCAGCCAACAAACACCCGGAGAUAAUCAAAUCCUAAAUGGUUCGAAAAUUAAAAUGCAGUAUCAAAAAGCCCACAAUGAGGUUAAUGAAACCUAUCAGUUCUUCUGCUCUAUGUUGGAUGAAAGAAAACAGGAAUUACUUAAAGAAUUGGAAAGUCUAUACAAUGCCAAGAUGAAUACCCAUUCAGCCUGGAUACAAAGAUCCAAGGAGUUGAUUGAAAAGACUUUACAGAGUUGUGAUGCUAUUGAAAGAUCACCCAAGGCUCAUUCCAUUACCGAAGUUUUAAUGUUGCGCAAAACAUUGGAAUUACAAUUACAGGCAGCUAUGCAGGAAUUACAAAUGCCCUUCGAAUUGGAAUUCAUGUCAAAUUAUCAAUCCAUACAGGCUGGUGUGCGCAAUACUUUUGGCUAUAUCAGAGCUUCAGCUGGUGAUAUGGUACAGCAACAGGUUAAACAACCACCCAUUGCCAGACCCUCACAGUCUACAUCAUCAUCGUCAUCUCAUGGUGGUGGCUCUUCGAAUAGCAGUGUUACUGGAGGCUCACAUUUGCCCGGUGGCUUAGGUUUGUCCGCCAAUCUUUUGGAAUCUUCUUAUUCCAGCAGCUUGUUGGGCAAUAGAGCUAGUGUUUUGCAAGCAAACCAUAAUAGUGGUUCCACUUUUGAGGAUUUGAUGACCAAACGUUUUAAUGCAGCCAAUUCCAAUAACAACACACCCUUUGUGGGAGUACCCGUUACCAAUCCCUAUGAGAAAUGGAGCAAUGGCGGCAGUGACAACUUAUUCUCCUCUGCCCAAGAUCCUUUCUCCUCCAGUCAAAUGCUAACAAAUGGUUUGACAGCCAACUCAAACUGUACCACCGUGGCUACUACUAAUGCCGGUUUGGCAGCCUCUGCUUUGGCUACCCUAAACAUGACUAAUGGCAGCGGUUGCUCCAGUUCUGACUCCAUCAUGGACUUGACUUCCAAAUUGCUCUCUGCCACCAUCUAUCCACCUAAAUCACAGAUUAAAAGACAAAAAAUGAUUUAUCAUUGCAAAUUUGGCGAAUUUGGCGUUAUGGAGGGUCAAUUCACCGAACCCAGUGGUGUAGCUGUCAAUGCUCAAAACGACAUUAUUGUGGCAGAUACCAAUAAUCAUCGUAUACAAAUCUUCGACAAGGAAGGUCGCUUUAAAUUCCAAUUUGGUGAAUGCGGCAAAAGAGAUUCACAACUUUUGUAUCCAAAUCGAGUGGCUGUAGUGCGCAAUUCGGGAGAUAUUAUUGUAACCGAACGCUCGCCCACACACCAAAUACAGAUUUACAACCAGUAUGGCCAGUUUGUGCGUAAAUUUGGUGCAAAUAUUUUACAACAUCCACGAGGUGUUACCGUCGACAACAAGGGCCGUAUUAUAGUGGUCGAAUGCAAGGUAAUGCGUGUCAUUAUCUUUGAUCAAAAUGGCAAUGUUUUGCAUAAAUUUGGCUGCUCUAAACAUUUGGAAUUCCCCAACGGUGUGGUGGUCAAUGACAAACAGGAAAUUUUCAUUAGUGACAAUCGUGCCCACUGCGUUAAGGUGUUCAACUAUGAGGGCCAAUAUUUAAGACAGAUUGGUGGUGAAGGUGUUACCAAUUAUCCCAUUGGUGUGGGCAUUAAUACCAAUGGUGAAAUACUUAUCGCUGACAAUCAUAACAAUUUCAACUUGACCAUUUUCACCCAAGACGGUCAAUUGGUUUCCGCCUUGGAAUCGAAAGUCAAACAUGCUCAAUGCUUCGAUGUGGCCCUAAUGGAUGAUGGCAGUGUUGUAUUGGCCAGCAAAGAUUAUCGUCUUUACAUCUAUCGUUAUGUGCAAGUACCACCCAUUGGUUUGUAAACAUGAUUUCUUUAUUUUUUAACGUAUAUUUUAUAUAGAAUUUUAUAUAGAAUUUUAAAACAACAACGUACACUUAUUAUUAAUUAUUAUUAUUAUUUUUUGUUUUUGUAAGUUAUAAAAAAAAUGCAUUUUUUAUUAUUAUUAUUAUUACUACUAUUAGUUUUUUGAUAAUGUUAUUUAUUAUUUUUUGAAAAUUUUAAAACACAAAACAAAACACGUAAACGAAAAAAAACGUAAUUUGAAGAAAAACAAAAACAAUAUGAUGUUAAAUGAUUGAUUUAAGAUUUUCAUGGUAUUAAGUGAAAAUCCUUAAACAAAAACACGACUGAGCUUUGUUAAAUUUUUUGUUGUAAAGAAAAACUUCUUAAAAAAAAAAGAGUAACAAAUUUAGAAAAAAGCUCUUGCUAAUGAUAAAAAAGCUCUUAAAUGCUACAAAAAAAUGCUCUCUCUAUCACUCUCUAUAAUUAGUGUUAUAAGGCGAUAAGUUUUUUUUACUUGUUUGUUAAUUUAUAUAAAAACAACCAACAAAUUUUAUGAAAAAUUUGUGGAAUUUUUCUUAAAAAAAACUAAUGAUGAAUUUGAAAUCUCUUUGUUUUUUUAAUUUAAUUUUUUUUAUAUAAGAAAGUAAUAAGUAAUUUUGUUGAGCUCAGUUUUUUCUUUUUUUUUGUUAUAAAACUUUUAAGCUUCUUCUACUCACUAAGACUACCCGCCCCCUUACUGUCCCUCAUUUAUUUUAUUAAUAUUUUAUUUACACUCUCACUACCCUUUUGACCCCCUUCCCCCUCUCCCCCUGUGUGUCUCAUUAACUUGUUUUUAUUGUUGAGGUUAUUUCCUUUUUUUUAAUAAAUUGUUUUUUAUUUUUACUUUUAUUUUAUUAUUUUUUUUUAAUAAUUUUAAGCUUAAUUAUUUCUUUUUUAUAUAGUUUUUU